CUGCUUAAAGAGAAAAGAUGGCUCAUGUGCCCGGCGUGUUUACUCCGACCCUACAGCAGAGUAUUAGUGAGGCUCGUCUGCUGGUGGUGGGUGCUGGGGGGAUAGGAUGCGAGCUCCUCAAGAACAUCGUUCUCACGGGGUUCAAGGAUAUCGAGGUGAUUGACCUGGACACAAUCGACGUGUCCAACCUGAACAGGCAGUUUCUCUUCCAGAAGCAGCACGUGGGUAAAUCCAAGUCCAAUGUUGCGCGGGAGAGUGCGCUUCGGUUCGCACCGGAUGCUAAGAUCAAGGCGUAUCAUGAUUCUAUCAUGAAAGAGGAGUAUGGAGUUAACUUCUAUAAGAACUUCUCUCUCUGCCUCAACGCCCUGGACAACAGGGCCGCCAGGAACCAUGUCAACAGGAUGUGCCUGGCCGCUAACCUACCCCUGGUCGAGUCCGGUACAGCGGGAUAUCUGGGACAAGUCACUGUUAUUAGGAAGGGUGCUACCGAGUGCUAUGAGUGUCAGCCUAAACCUCACCAGAAAACCUUCCCUGGGUGUACAAUUAGGAACACACCUAGUGAACCUAUACAUUGUAUUGUGUGGGCUAAACAUCUUUUCAAUCAGCUGUUUGGUGAGGAUGAUCCUGAUCAGGAUGUAUCUCCUGAUACAGAGGAUCCUGAGGCUGCUGGAGAUCAGGCAGGAGCGGCUGCUACAGAGAAGGAGGGAACAGAGGGUGGGAAUGUGGCAAGAAAGUCAACUAAACAAUGGGCCCAGGAUUGUGAUUACUCGACACAGAAAUUGUUCCAAAAACUUUUCAACGACGACAUUAAAUAUCUUCUCUCUAUGGACAAACUCUGGGCUAAGAGAAGGCCACCAACCCCACUUGACUGGGAUUGUCUACCUGACACUACAGAGAAGAAUGGAUCGGCUGAGAACUCCUCUAACCUGGUGGAUCAGAAGGAUAGUGAUGGCGUAUUGGUGAGGUUCGAAGUAAAAUCUAUGGCUGGAAAUAUUAUUCCCGCCAUAGCUACUACCAACGCUGUUAUUGCCGGCUGUAUUGUUAUGGAGGCCAUCAAAAUUCUUAAUAAUCAGGUGGAUAAGUGUAAGACUGUGUACCUGAGACGCCAGCCAAACCCAAGAAAGAAGAUUCUUGUUACUGAGAGCCUGGAACCACCAAACCCUAAGUGCUACGUGUGCUCUGAUAAGCCUGAGGUGAAUGUCCUGCUCAACCUUGAGACAACCACCAUCAAGGUCCUAGAGGAGAAGAUACUCAAGGGGUCCCUCAACAUGGUCGCCCCCGACGUAGAGAUCGAAGGGAAGGGGGUGAUCAUGAUUUCGAGUGAGGAGGGAGACACAGAUUGCAACAAUGACAAGUUCUUGAAAGAUUUUGGUUUAAAGGAUGGAAGUAUUCUUACUUGUGAUGAUUUCCUGCAAAACUAUCAACUCAAGAUGAUCCUGUAUCACGCUGACAAGCUUGAUGACGGACAGGAGUUUAUUCUUACCGGAGACAAAUCACAACUUCAACCCAAGGAGGAGAAGGAGAAGAUUCCUGAACCUGAGAAGAUGGAAGCUUCUAAUACUGGGCCAAUAGAUGUAGAAGAUGAUGUCGAGGUUGUGUCCAAUGGAGACAGGAAGAGAGGUGCUGAGGACUCCAAUGGAAACCCGAAAGCUAAAAGACCAAAGGUUGAUACGGAGGGAGACGACGACAUUCAGAUCUGUGAGUCGGAGCCAAGUAAGAAGAAACCAGCUCCUCCUGCAGCAGAAGACGGAGUCAUCUGUAUUGAGUAAUUACGAAGCGAACCGGAGCCAGUGAAUAUAGUAGUUAUACUCCGAUACUACUAUAUCUCACACUUGAUUAAUUAGUUGUUUGUUUUUUACAAACAGGUUUCUUGUUUUAUUCGUGGUUGUACUCGUGUGAACUUUGUACUUCCAGUGUACUCUGAACUUAUGUACUAAGUGGAAUCUGUACUUAAUGUACUUAGUGUACUCUGUAUUUUAUGUUCUGAGUGUUUUCUUAAAUGAUAUUGCUUAGUGCACAUUUUACGGAUUGAUCCCAUUGUACUUUAAACUGAUUUUACGUAGUGUACCCUGCACUGACUGUACUCUCUGUACUGGUUUGUACUCAACGUACAUGAAGUAAACCUGAACCAAUUUCUCCUGCAUUUCUCUGUAUAAAUGUCUCAAUUUAAUGUGCGCGCCAUACCUUUAAUUAGUAUUAACCUCGGUCCUGUAAACUGGACAGUGUACAGUGAACUGUACGCUAUACAUUGUAUUGUACUCUGAACACUGUACAGUGAAUUGUACAGUGACCCAACUAUUUAUGUAUCUUUUGGAAUAAGCUUUAGAUUUUCAGAAAACUGUAAAAAAUGUUUCUUUAAAAUAAACUUAAUCUUUCCGAUUG